UCGCUGACGUCAGCGACACGUCAGGGCCAGUAAUUCGCCCGUCACGGCGGAGUCACCAGGACAGGGAGGUGGUGGAUGACAUGAACUCGUGCAUGAGCGGUCGUGUAUGGUGCGUGCGUGACAUUUGCGGCAUCGUCUGCGUCGUGUUCACGUACGGCCUGCUGCUCUACGCUGAAUUUGUAGUGCUGUUUGUUAUGCUCAUUCCCGGCCCGUAUCCAGUGUACGGAUGGAUAAAUGGAAUCAUCUUCAACAUUUUGUGCUUUCUGGCUGUUGCGUCACACGCCAAGGCCAUGCUGACAGAUCCAGGAGCUGUACCACGUGGCAAUGCAACACAAGCGACCAUAGAGAAAAUGGGUCUGAAGGCUGGACAGGUUGUCUUCAAGUGCCCAAAAUGUUGCAGUAUUAAACCUGAGAGAGCUCACCAUUGCAGUGUUUGCCAGAGAUGUAUCAAGAAGAUGGAUCAUCACUGCCCAUGGGUAAACAACUGUGUAGGUGAAAACAACCAGAAGUACUUUGUUUUAUUCACAUUCUACAUAUGCAUUAUCUCCAUUCAUGCUAUAAUCAUGGUUGUGUACCAGUUCAUCACCUGUGUGGAUAGGGACUGGAAAGGUUGCAGCGGUUUCUCGCCUCCGGCGACAGCCGUUUUUCUCAUAUUCCUGGUGCUGGAGGGAUUACUGUUUGCACUUUUCACUGCCAUUAUGUUUGGCACUCAGCUAUCAGCUAUUUGUGCUGAUGAGACGGGCAUAGAACAGUUGAAGAAGGAGCAGCCAACAUGGGAAAGGAACACCUACUGGAUGAGUUUGAAAGAGGUGUUUGGUAAUCCAUUCACUCCUACUUGGUUCAGUCCAUUUCAUCUGCCAACCAGACCAGGGAAGCACCAACCUUACCAGUAUGCUGUAUGACACAACCUACCACGUGCCCGCUAUUUUACGUGUUGUCUUUUAUCGUGAGUGGUUGAGUGCUGGUCAUCUCAUGUGUGGAAAAAUGCGUUGCAUGCAGCAUAUCUUGUUAGCGUAAUAAUAGUCUGUGGAGGCGGAUUCCUUGUAUAAUUCUUUCACACAAAUGACAGAAUCGGUGUAAACAUUUAUAAGAAAAUAUGCUAUAAGUUGGCCCCAUGGAAAAUAACCGUGACAUAGUGAUAGUACCUCAUUAUCAAAUUGAGAUAAGCUUGUAAAAAACCGCUCCAGAUAAGUAGUGACAUUCAUUAUUAGUGUAUGAUUGAAGAUCGUGUGGCUGUAGACGCAAGUCCCUGUGAUUAUGAAUUAAUUAUUGCAGGACAUUUCAGCCACCCUUAACUUGUUUCUUCUAAUCCCAAACAUGGCUCAACCAGUGAAAAUCACUCUGGCUAAAUUUAGCAUGAAAUUGUCAUUUCUCCACAGUAAUAUGACACUAUUAGGUGUGUAAAACUGGGGAAAAAUGCAGGUAAAAUAGUGGGUUGGGUUUAUGCAAACUAGAAUCCAUUUUUGGGUGGCCUGGAAAUGUGGAUUUGUUUCCCUAGUAACCAGCUGGUUUUUCUCAAUCUUUAUUAUGAAAUGAUCUAAUUAUCAUUAACGACAAUUUUACAGCAAAAUUACUUCAGACAUUUUCAUCGAUGCAUGCCAUAAGAGGUCAAUCUAUGGUUGGAUAUCUAGAUCACCUUUUAAGUGCUUAUAGCCGGUCUUGGAGUGCUCACAACUCAUCACUUCAAGGCUACAGCGUUAUACUGUCAACACAUCUGACUUAACUUAUUGCAGUUUACGCUCAAUGCUGAUACCUGUCACUGCUGAUUAAGGAUAUAUUUAUUCCUCAUUUGGGGGAGGGGGAUCACCUUUGGGAAUUCUUUACAUAAAAAAGUAAAUAUUUUAUAUAUUUCUGCAUGAAUGUUCCUCCUGAAUUAAAUAUUUACCCAGUUUGUGUAUGUCCAACACCAUACCAUCGAUAAGUGAACACCAUACUAAUGACGUUGUUUAUAUAGGUAGUCUCUGUGUGGGCAUACGGUUUGUGAUAUAUUUUAAAAACCUCAGCGCUGUGGGUGUACUCCAUUCAUCAGUACACGCUUCUAAUUGUAGUUUGUUUCGUGUAGCUGCCUCUAAUGGAUACUGGUAGGAGAAUCGUGAUAAAUAUGGUUCUCCUGAUAAUAUUACAUGUGAGAGGAGUGUGGCUAGUCUUGUAUACACAUGUGAUGAAAUAAUGGAUAGAACGAAGAUACCUAAUAAUGACAUUUUUAAAUAGAAUUUUUUUUUAUUAUUAAACUCAAGUUCCAGUAAAGCACUUAUUUUGUAGUCAUACGGUGUUUUAUGUUACAGUGUUCUUGCUGCAUGCUAGUACUUUGUGAAAUGACCCUAAUCGACAUUUAUAAGAUUUUUAGGAAUGUCAAUCGUUUCUACUAGCAUUAUUUUGUACUUAAGUUUAAUGUGGAUCAUGGUCUUUCUAAAUAUUGUAAUCUAAUUUUAUUUUUCGCAACUCGUAAUUGUGUUUAAGUAAGGUAUACUAAAAUACAUGUAUCUCUAAACGUGAAUAUGGAGAAGCACUUGUGUUAGUGCCAUCCAUAUGAAUACUAUA